CCGGAGACGGACCCCGGGCCGGAAGUGAUGGGGGCGGCCGGAACUGGUGGCGUUGUGGGCGGUGCUGGCUGCCAUGGCGCACAUCACCAUUAACCAGUACCUGCAGCAGGUGUACGAAGCGAUCGACACCAGGGACGGAGCGUCUUGCGCAGAGCUGGUGUCUUUCAAGCAUCCUCAUGUUGCAAACCCAAGGCUUCAGAUGGCCUCUCCAGAAGAGAAGUGUCAGCAAGUUUUGGAGCCCCCUUACGAUGAGAUGUUCGCAGCUCAUUUAAGGUGCACGUACGCGGUGGGGAACCACGACUUCGUAGAGGCGUACAAGUGCCAGACCGUGAUCGUCCAGUCAUUCCUCCGGGCAUUCCAGGCCCACAAAGAAGAGAACUGGGCUUUGCCGGUCAUGUAUGCGGUAGCGCUAGACCUUCGAGUAUUUGCCAAUAACGCAGAUCAGCAGUUGGUAAAGAAAGGGAAAAGCAAAGUUGGGGACAUGCUGGAGAAGGCGGCCGAGCUGCUGAUGAGCUGUUUCCGCGUCUGCGCCAGCGACACCCGUGCUGGUAUAGAGGACUCUAAGAAGUGGGGAAUGCUGUUCCUGGUGAAUCAGUUAUUUAAAAUUUACUUCAAGAUCAACAAACUCCACUUGUGUAAACCACUGAUCAGAGCAAUCGACAGCUCGAAUCUGAAGGACGACUACAGCACCGCGCAGAGAGUGACGUACAAGUACUACGUGGGGCGCAAGGCCAUGUUCGACAGCGACUUUAAGCAAGCCGAGGAGUACCUGUCCUUCGCCUUCGAGCACUGCCACCGCCUGAGCCAGAAGAACAAAAGGAUGAUUCUGAUAUACUUGCUGCCAGUCAAGAUGCUCUUGGGUCACAUGCCGACAAUCGAGCUCUUGAAAAAGUACCAUCUCAUGCAGUUUGCUGAGGUGACCAAAGCCGUAAGCGAAGGCAACCUGCUCCUGCUGACCGAGGCGCUAGCCAAGCACGAGACCUUCUUCAUCCGCUGCGGCAUCUUCCUGAUCCUGGAAAAGCUGAAAAUCAUCACCUACAGGAAUCUCUUCAAGAAAGUGUACCUGCUGCUCAGGACACACCAGCUGUCUCUGGACGCCUUCCUGGUCGCCCUGCGGCUGAUGCAGGUGGAGGACGUGGACAUCGACGAGGUGCAGUGCAUCCUGGCCAACCUCAUAUACAUGGGCCACAUCAAAGGCUACAUUUCGCACCAGCACCAGAAGCUGGUGGUCAGCAAGCAGAACCCCUUUCCGCCGCUGUCCACGGUGUGCUGAGCGCGGGCCGCGGUCCUCGUGGUCCUGCCGGUGCCGACACACCCAGCCCUGCCCGCCGAGGUGUCUGGACGCGGGGAGACCUCGCCGCGCACUCCUGGGACCAGGCCUGGGCGUGCCGGACACCCGUGCAUCCCGGCCUCCUUGGUCCUUUGUGAGGGCGCCAGCCUCACGGAGGCCGGGAACUCUUUCUUUGGAAAACGAAGGCACCUCUGCCGUCUGGAGAAGGCGGCUCUGUGUGAAGGCAGCUCCAGUUCGCUGUUCCUGAGUGUCGUUCCCAAGGCUGCCUGGCAGCUCUUUGCAGCUCCUUCUGUAAAAAAGGCAUAUUCUUCAUUAUACCUUCCAGGGUACAUCUAUUUUUAUAGAUUAAAUGUGAAUAUUUUAUGUUAUCAAAA